GCAAGAUGGAGGCGGCGCUGGGACGGCGCGGGCGGCGGCUGUUGCCGCUGCUACUGCCGUUGAUCGCCGCGCUGCAUCUGAGCCCGUCCGCCGCGCUGCCGCUGGGACAGGUACCGGAGGGGCGGCGGGGGGGCUCGCUGGGAGCCGAAGCCGCGGGUGGAGGAGGCGGGCGAGGCCGGCGGGGCGGCGCGGGCGGCGGGGGCUGCGGGCUCUGUGGGCUCUGUGAGCUCCCGGCGUAGCGCGGGGCGGGCGCAGGUGCGCUGCCUGCAGACCUCAUCCCGCUGUGCGCGGGCGUUUCGGGAUGAGAUGUACGGGAAUAGGCGCAAAAGGACAGCGUUACGCGUCUGCCACAAACUUGGUUACUGCGUGCCCGCUGCUUCCUGCCUCCCCUCAGUGAUUCAUCCGUGUAGCGUUUGAUGGCUGAAAAAUAUCUGGCAGGCUGAGGGGGAAGAACGCUAUGGCUAUCCGUACUGCUGGGCACAUCCACCUCGUGCUCUGUGUGUGUGUGUGUGUGUGCCCACCGCAUCGUGAUGGACUGGUGUUGCGCAAAUACAUGGUGCGUUAUGGCCACGUCUCCUCCCAGUGAUGUCUGUGCUUCUGAAUUGAACUCAGAGCAGGUUCCCAGUGCAGCAGCAUAUUCAUAGAAUCACAGAAUGGCCUGGGUUGAAAAGGACCACAAUGAUCAUCGAGUUUCAACCCCCCCUGCCGUGGGCAGGGUCCCCAACCACCAGACCAGGCUGCCCAGAGCCACAUCCAGCCUGGCCUUGAAUGCCUCCAGGGAUGGGGCAUCCACAGCCUCCUUGGGCAGCCUCUUCCAGUGCAGGGCAUUGUGCUGUCUGCUUUCUCCUUCCAGUGCCCAUGCUGGGUUCACCCAGCCAUUGUACAGUCACUAUCCCAUGGGAGGAUUUGUUAGGGCCCCUUUUCCGCAUGGUACUGGUUGAAACAGAGCCCUCCUGAGGGCUUGGCACAGACCCUGCACUGGCACAUCCUGAGCUCACUUCCUUGUCUCUACUUCCCUUUGCAACCAUUGAAAGUGAGAUGGGCUUAGCUCUUCAAGAUGGGGAUCUAGAUCUUCAGACAUCAAUACUCCAAGUCAGAUGCAGUGAGGUGUGGAAGCACAGAGACAGCUCAGAAACGAUCAGAGUCAAUGUUAUGAUGUUGAAAAGCAAUGGAGAAUUUCAUAAAGGACAGGUUGUCUUUAAUAUCACCUAUGUUAACGGACAGGUAUAUCUAAAUGAUUUUCCUAUGAGAAGUGGAGUUGCCCACAUAACGUGUCAAACAGUAAUAUUGGAGAAUGGAAGCCUGGAUGAUACAGUAGAGCAGCAGCGCCUGGGAACUGUCAGUGUUCGCAUCAUGGUUCAUGAGUGGCCUUUGGCAUCAAGUUCUGAUCUGCAGCUGAUUGUCAUUCAGGAAGAAGUGACAGAAAUUGAUGGAAGGCAGGUUCAGCAGGAAGAGGUAUCAGAAAUAGAUAUCUUAGUGAAGGACCUGAGGGUACUGAGACAUUCAAACUACACUGUCCCUUUGAAAGAGAGUAUGCUGUAUUCCAUCCCAAGGGACAACGAUGUGCUAUUUACACUUCCCAACCUCUCAGGAAAAGAUAUUCAAGAUCCACUGCAAACUACCAGUCAGUACCUGAUCUGGCAGGUAGAAACCACAGUGGAUGAAGAGACAUUACCUGGCAAGUUACCAGAAACGCCUCUUAGGAUAGAACCUCCGUCCUCCUACAAGGUGAUGUGCCAGUGGGUGGAAGACUUGAGAAAAUGGCUGUGCAGAUUCUGGUUUAAAUCUUUACCCAUUUUCUUUAAUGUGAUGGAAGUCGUUGUGGUUGGAGUUAUUGGAGCAGCGCUCAUUCUGAAAGUCUUAAAGGUGAUUUUCCCUUCCUGUGAGCCCAAAGGCAUUCUUCUCCUGGAUCAAAUGAGCUAUGUACCUGUGAUUACCAUCAGCUUGCCUUCAGAUGCUCCAGACAGGAAAAAUAAUUUAGAUGAGAAAACAUGUACUUAACAUUGUAUUUACUUCAGAGUUGCUCUUUUUUGUUGUUGUUGUUGUUUGUUUGUUUUUAAUGAAUUUUUAGUUGACUUGAAAUUUGGCACUUGAUCUUAAUACUUUGUUUCCUACUGAGAAAACUAAGCAAGUUGAUUAAAUAGUAAAGGAAUAGUCAGGAUGAGGCCCAAAGCUGACUUCCCUGUACUUCUUCAAAAAACAUGCAGCCUUUUUCUCAAGCUUCAAAAUAUAACAGCUACCAUUGGUUUUAACUUCUGUGAAGUCACUUCUCUGCAGCUCAGACAGGAUGCUGGCUGCCUUCACACCUACAGAUAAAACAGCUCUCCUAAGUAGCCAGCUGAUGACAUUCAGGGUGUCCUGAAGUCUCCAAAUGCCACUUUUCAGAAAAGGACAAAGGAGUAUCACAAACGUUACGUGUGCCUGCAAGCCAAAACAGAGCUGCCCAACCUGGAUUCAGGUCUCUUAGGGUUGAGUGUGCCUUGCAAGGAAAGUAUCACUACCAAACAUUUGUAUUGCUCAAGUAAUUUGACAUAUAUGCAAAACAAAAUUUAAAAAGGUAGAUUUGUAUUUCAAGCACUUUAUACUUUUAUGACCCCCUAAUGCUCAUAAAAAUUGUUAGCACUUAAAACUUGGCUUGUUCACAAGGUUCUGUUUGUAUUUGUGACAGUGCUAUGUGACAUCUCAAAAUCAAGGAAAAAAAGAAUCUACAAUACUGGCUUACUAAGUAGGCCCAGUCUUCCCAUGCUGAUUUGUACUGUUCAUGUUUUUCAAAUAAACAUUUAAAUUGUUUAUUA